UUGUACUCAUUCACUGUAGUUGAGGGUAACAUCUAUUGCUGUCUUUUGCCAGGCCCAACUUUACUAUUCGAGAAAGUAAGCAAACGAGGUGAAAAAGGACGGAGAUUUUAUGCAUGCUCGGCCUGUCGAGACAGAAAAGACUGCAGUUUUUUCCAGUGGGAAGAUGAAAAGGUGUCAAAGGCUACUCUGCUGGCCAGAGAAGCAGAAAACCAAUCCAAGCUGCUUCCAUUCAAACACCAGGAACAGUGUAAGAGAUUUCAGGAAUUUACCAGCCUCCCGGAUAACAAGAAGAAAUUCUGUCAGGAUUGUCAGAUUCUGCUCCUACCAACAGAGCACAGCGUUCACUCUGCUCAUAAAACCACGGUAAUCACCACCGCUCAGCUUUGGCGACCCAGCAUCCUGCUGCAGCCACUCAGUAACAAGAAGGGAAACGCCCAAUACCUGUUCACUCAUCGCAGCGCGAGCUUCCUACUGGAUACUUUAGCUGAUCUGGGCUUCAACAAAGUGCUUUGUGUUGGCACACCAAGACUACAGGAACUGAUCAAGCUGCGGAACAUGGAGCAGAAGUAUCAGCAAAUGAAGACUUUGCUGCUGGACAUUGAUUUCAGAUUUGAUUCACGCCAGACCUCCAGUGCUAUCCUGAAUACCUUCCUUACGGAGCAAGAAGAGGAGAAGGUGGUGAUGGUGGCUGACCCUCCAUUUGGUGGUCUGGUGAAACCUUUAGCCUACAAUUUCUCUCUGAUAUCACAGACAUGGAAGAAACUGCAGAAUCCAGACAACAAUAAUGUUGACAUGCCCAUGAUCUGGAUCUUCCCAUACUUCUUUGAGUCUCGUAUAUUGGAGUGUCUUCCCUCAUUCAUUAUGUUGGAUUACCAGGUGGACUAUGACAACCAUCCGUUGUAUAAACAUGGGAAGACAGGCAGGAGGCAGUCUCCUGUCAGACUCUUCACAAAUAUUUCACCUAAAAGGAUUGUAUUGCCCGAGGACGAAGGCUACAGGUUUUGCUCUGUUUGUGAGAGAUAUGUGUCGUCCCUGAACAGACACUGCGCCAAGUGCAACCGAUGUCCAUCCAAGGAUGGCCGGGAAUGGAAGCAUUGCUCAACAUGUGAAAAAUGUGUGAAACCGUCUUGGAAACACUGUCCCAACUGUGGCCGCUGCGCCCUACCAGAUCACCUGUGUGGAUUCAGUCAAGGAAAAGAUGGCUGCUUUAAUUGCAGCAGCUUGCAGCACAAACAUAAAGAAUGCCCUUAUAAGUUACACAAAGGAUCAACGGUUAUUGGAAAAAAGUCAAGAGUGGAUUCGAAGAAAAAUUCCGGACGUCCCGUCUUCAAUCUUAAAGUCCGAAGGAAGUCUAGGGCUAAUCGCAGUGCUCAUACGGUAUAACCUCAGGAGUCAUGUAAUGUCUUUGCAUCUGUGCAAUAGGGAAGUGUAUUUUUCUAUUUAAACUUAAAUGAUUAAGAGUGUUUCACAUUCUUGAGGAAAAUUUCAAAUAAAAUCUAAAGUAUUUGUUUGCACCCGUUUCAUAAGUUUUAACUUGAGCAUUGGGUGAUUCUGUUUCAUUGCUAACAUUCAUUGAGAGGUGGUUUGCAUGUGAAAUUUUUAUAAUGGUGGAACAUGGUCUGUCAAGUACAGUUUCAUGGUCAUGUACUUUUACAGAUUGGAAACAAUUAAUGUAAUGCUUAACAUGAAUGAAAUCUCUAAAUAAAUACAAUUGUUUAAAAUUAAAAUUGUUUGAACUUUGUUUCUACAUAGGAUUAUCUAUUCUUUCUCUGUUUUUUCACUCAGGCAGAAUGUUCCUUUUUUUAUUAUUUUAAAACUAAAAAGAUUUUAACCAGUCUAGCUGUGGCAGCAGGGACUUUGCUCAACUCUCCCAUCUGUUAGCCUAAUUAUUCUAGCUGGAAGCCUUGGAAAACAGAGAAACUAAAAAUGCGUAAUUUAUUCUGGUAUCAAUGAAAGUAAUGUAGUACUAGGCUUGAGUUGAGCCGGUCCUGUACAAUCGAAAGUCUGUGCAUAAAGAAACCUGUGUCUCGAUGGCCACUUACCAAUUACAUGAACAGGCAGGCUUAUUCAUGCAGAUUCCACUGAAAUGUGAUAAUACAUGUGUGUGUUGUCCUUGAAGAUGUCUGUUAUGCAACUAGGAAGUGAGGAGGAACCUGCAGUACAACCAAAGAGUUAUUUUCCAGUCAGCAUACGUUAAUAAUUGAUAAUGAUAUAGCUUUAAUUCACACCAGACCUCCAGUGCUAUCCUGAAUACCUUCCUUAUGGAGCUAGAAGAAAAGGUGGUGAUGGUGGCUGACCCUCCA